AUGAGGACAAUCUCGCCUUUGGGAGGCUGGUAUUCCAACAGCUGCUGCUUCUGCUGUCAUGUUCGUACAGGCACCAUAAUCCUGGGAGUCUGGUACAUGUUGAUCAAUGCGGUGGUACUGCUGAUUUUGCUGUCUGCUCUCAGUGACCCAGAACAUUACCAUCUGCCCCAUACUGAACUAGGCAGUGACUUUGACUUCACCGAUGAUGCCAAUAUAUGUAUUGCUACUGCCAUUUCCCUCCUUAUGAUAACGAUCUGCGGAAUGGCCACUUAUGGCGCGUAUAAGCAACUCAGUGCUUGGAUCAUCCCCUUCUUCUGUUACCAGAUCUUUGAUUUUGCCCUCAAUACUCUUGUAGCCAUCAGUGUGGUCGUCUAUCCAAACUCCAUUCAAGACUACUUGCGACAACUGCCUGCUAAUAUCCCACACAAGGAAGAUCUCAUGUCAAUGAAUCCAACAUGCCUGGUGUUUAUUGUUCUUAUCUUCAUCGGUAUCAUUCUGGCCUUUAAGGCAUACCUAAUUGGCUGUGUCUGGAACUGCUACAGGUACAUCAACAGCAGACAUUCGGCCGAUGUUUUAGUCUACGUCACCAAUGACACUGCAAUCCUUCUGCCACCCAAUGAGGAAGCUGUAAUGAUGCCUACUAAAGACCCACCUCCACCUUAUAUGGCAGCUUAAAGAUCAUAAUACAAACAAAAUCCAUGCAAGUAUUGAAACAACAUGCAUACACUGUCAGACCAAAAACUAUUUAAGAGAUACUUUCAUUCCAUUGUGAAAAGAGUUUUCAUUAUUCUGGGAGUGAAGCUUCCUAGAGAUAUGAUUUGGGAUUUUUUUUGUUGUGUAUUUUGCUUGCUAGUUUCAGAAAUAUAAUUCAAGAACAUUUACCUGUAUUUUAUCGUUCCUUGUAAUGUUUAAAAUGAUGACGAGCGAUCUAAAAUCGAUUAUAAAUCUUAUUGUGAUAAUUCCCUGCUAUUUUGGAGAUUAUUGUAGUGAGUUGGAAUCUCUGUUUUACAAAGAAACUAAUUUGUAGAUGUGAAGAGUAGGUCAAUGACUCUGAGCACUUUGAUUCACUGUAGUGAUUUCCAAUAGAUUAUUUUUGUUGUUUAACAGUUUGCAUAUGUCCCCCUAUUAUAAAGGGACAAUUGUUGACCUGUCAUUAAUUAUCAGCCUAGAGUAAAAUUACAGAGAAUCAUGCAGCACAGAAUGAGGCUAUUUGGCCCAGCGAGCGUGUGCUGGCACUCUGAAAGAGCUGUCCAAUUAGUCCCAUUCUCCUGCUCCUUCCCUAUACCUCUGCAAAUUUUCUCCCCUUCAAGUAAUUAUCCCAUUCCCUUUUGCAAGUUAUCGUUGAAUCUGCUUCCACCGCCCUUUCAGGCAGCACAUGCAGAUCACAACAACCCGCUGCAUAAGAAAAGAUUCCCUUAUGUCAAUCCUGGCUCUUUUACCAAUUCUCUCAAAUCUAUCCCCUCUGGGUAAACAGCCCUUCUGACAUUGAAAACAGUCUCUUCUUAUUCACUCUAUCAAAACCCUCCAUGAUUUUGAACACCUCUAGUAAAUUUAAUUGAACAAAUCUAUUUUUAUCCUGUUUGAUAAUGCAUUUGAUUCAUAAGUUUUUUCUUUGUACAUUACAUUUCACAGCUGAUUUUUUUCCUGGUGUAAUCACACACCAAACAUUCUAAUUAAUCAAGUUAAAACAUGGACAAAACUAUAUAAUCCUGCAACUGAAAAUAACGCAUGAAUUGGCCAGAAUUGUGAGCAUUUAUAAGCGGUUUAUAUAUUAAAUAAAGCAGAAAAAUGAGUCACUCGUUAGCAAAUUUUGCGCUUAAUUGUUAAUGAAUGAAUGAAUUCACAGCACCUUUACAUAAAAGAGCUAUCUGUGUAUAUGCAGAUCUUCCUGUAAAUAUCCCUGGUUUAAUAAAUCCUGU